UUUCAACGACGAAAGUAAGCGGAAAUGGUAACGGAGACGGAACUAGUGGACCGACUGAGGGAGUUUCUUAGCACGUCGGACCUAAACACGACGACGACCGCAAUUGUUCGCCGGAAACUCGAAGAAGAUUUCGGAAUCGAUUUGUCGGAUAGAAAAGCCUUUAUUAGAGAACAAGUUGAUAUUUACCUUCAAACUCAGUUUCAAGAACAAGCUGAGGAAUAUAAAGAGGAGAAUGGAGAUGCCCAGGCCCAGGUUCCCGCCGAGAUGGACGCUGAAGAAGAAGAAGAAGCGGUGGAAGACGAGGAGGAGGAAUCAGAGGAACCCAGUAAUGGAAAGCCAACUUCUAAGAAAGGGUCAAAAAAGAAGAAUAAAGAGGUUAAGAGAAGAGGUGGUGGAUUUACCAAGCUCUGUAGCCUUUCUCCUCAACUUCAAAAGUUCACUGGCGUACCUGAAUUAGCUAGAACUGAGGUUGUGAAGCAACUUUGGAGUUAUAUUCGGGAAAAUAAUUUACAAGACCCAAGCAAUAGGCGGAACAUAUUAUGUGAUGAUACCCUGAGGGAACUUUUUGGUGUGGAUAGUAUAAACAUGUUCCAAAUGAACAAGGCCUUAGCACAGCAUAUCUGGCCUUUAGAAACCAAUGCUUCAGUCUCAUCUACGCCAAAAGAGAAGCAGCGGAAACAAGAGAGAGCAGAAGAAAUGGAUGAGCCAAAGAGAAAGGAAAAGAGGCAGAAGGGUGGGACUUCAGGUUUUCUUGCUCCCCUUCCUCUUUCUGAUGCUCUCGUCAAGUUUCUUGGGACGGGAGAAAGUGCCUUAGCACGAUCUGAUGUUGUGAAAAGAAUCUGGGAUUACAUUAAGCAAAAUAACCUGCAGGAUCCAUCUGAUAGGAGGAGGAUACUAUGCGAUGAAAAGCUCAAAGAACUCUUUGAUGUGGACAAUUUUCAAGGAUUCACAGUUCCUAAACUUCUGACUGGUCAUUUCAUAAAGCCGGAACACCUUUUGUCAGCACUCAGCUCAAGAAUGAGCGCCGAUUAGGAGAAAAAGCGACCUGUUCAAUGUUAUUGCAAGUCGUAACAGUCACCCAACUCCCACAUAGUCCUGUUUUUCACCCACCUCUUUAUGUUCCCCUUGACUCCUCCUCCCUGAGUUAGCCUGCUGUUUCUGCUGGAGAAUUCAUUUUUGUUAGUGGAAUCUGAUUUUCCGAGUUGAUA